AUGGCCCCCCCCGCUGGUCUCGCCCGCUGGCUGGCCGUUUUCAUUGUCCUUUCGGUCAAUGGCUUCGUUGCCCUGUCGCGUGCGAUCCCGCUGCUGCUGCUGCUGAACUUCGCCGUCUCCGCCUGGCUUGUCGGCCAUUUCACAGUCAUCUGGCUUAUCCUGCCUUUUUAUAUGGGCAAUGACUUGUCUAGCACGGGUUCGAGUGGUCUCGCCGCGGCUGGCAUCACCAUCCUGUCGCUGUACGCCGUCAUCCUGUUCUUCGCCUUGGGCUCCUGCCUUGUCUUGUGGUACCGGUCGUUCCUCCUCUGGUGGUUCGAGAGUUCCCGGUUCCCCGCCGCCGCCAACACAGGGUUAAAGACCACGAUGCAGUGGUACUAUGGCUUUGAUUUCUGGUUCGAAGCUCGCCUCGAUCCCAGCAAGACGCGCCGCCUCGACCGUACGUACGCAGACAGAGGCGAAUAUGCUCUCCUGGAUCAUUAUUGUACCUGGCUUUGGACUCCGGUUUGCCUACAGACAAUCAAGCCAUACCUGCUCGUCAUGGUUUUCGUCACGGUUCACCAGUCCUUCGUUCUCGCCGUCUUGGCUUGGUCCGUGUCGCGUCGUUCCUGGCGCAAUACCACCUCCGCCUUCUCUGCUCUGGCUGUUUUCUUUCCCCUCCUUAUUCUCUGGUUAAAGUUGACUCCGUUUAUCCGUAAAUGGACGAUGCUCGCCGUACAGAAUCGGACAGCGUUCGAAUACCGCAACUUUGUGCACCGAAGGCGGCGACCGACAUGGAGGAUGGCCGUUUGGGAUGGCAGACACCUCCGGCGCUAUUCCGCCACAUUCAACCCCUGGGACUUGGGUGACUGGAAGGCCAACUGCCGCGCCGCGCUGGGUGAGCAUUGGUGGCAGUGGCCUCUAUUUUGGCUGCAGCCAACCCGCGUUCACCGGUACGGAAGCUACGAUGGUUCGGACCUGCCGCUCGGGGACAGAUGGCUUGACUUUCUCGCCACUCGUCACGACCCAGGCAUCGUUUCCUUCGGUCCCACCGGCGACGACAACGACGACAACAAUCUCGACUCCGACUACGACUCCGACUCCUCUGGGGGAGGGUCAUCGGUCAUCGAACUUGUUGGCAUCCGCCCGGCCCCGGAGCCAGCUCCCUUGCCGGCCGCUGUCGUCCGCAACCGCACGACGUAUUCUUCUGAAUACUAG